GUCUUAUAUCAGAAUAAUAACCUUUACUCAUAGGGAAAAUGAUGAACAUAAAAAUGUACAUUAUCUUCUGUUUAACAUAUUAUUUUCCAAUGGUAAAUUCUAUAACUCCACAGGAAAUAGAGAAUCUAUGGAAGAGGAUAAAACCUGAAGACAGUGAAUAUAUUGUCUUCAAUGACUUAGUUAUGUAUUAUUAUCCUGAUAUUAUGAAUCUCUAUGAAGUUAUUAUAGAUCACGGAAUACGACAUGAAAUUGGUGCAGGUGAAUUUGAGUUCAGAAUGUCUUAUGAGCAAUUUGAGAAUGCUGCGUCCAAAGGCCUCAUACCAAGAUGGUCUAAACGGGUGAUGUAUACGGAAUUUAAGCAAAUGAUUCCAAAUGGGGAAGACAGAAACUAUAUUAAUCUUGACGAAAUGAUUAAAUACUAUGUACCAAGAUAUUUGCGUACUGUAAUUGAACUCGAAAAAGUUAUGGAAACUUACGGAGUCAAGAAUAAUGAUAACCAAUAUCAUUUAUAUUUCUAUAACUUUAGAAUAGCUAUGUGCAUUGGUGAUCUUCCAAACCCUAGUUUUGAAAAUGGGUAUGCGUAACACGUUUUCGAUAAGGUUCUAUUAAAAAAAAAAAGCUAAAUUGAUAAUCAAAAUGAAUUAAUUGA